GUGAAGAAAAUGGGUGAUUGCUUAUGCACAGUUUCAUAUUGAUGGUACCAUAUUGAAGCAGGAAUAGUAUAUGGGAAUGCUACACGUAGCCAAUGAGCUGAAUAUACAUGUACAUGUACAGGUAUACUGUACCUAACUGCACACAGACUGUACAUGUAUGGUGGUUGAAUGAGUUGAAACCUAUCCAGCACUACACACUUAUCAGAGGCAAUUUUAAACUUCCCAGCAGAAUAAACUAUCAACUGCACCUUUGGUGACUUAUUCAAAUUGGUGAUAUUCCAACCAGUAAUAUUCACAAACAAAAUGGAUCACCCAGGGGAACUUAAGCUUACGGAGAAAGUCGUCAAGACAGAGAAGUGGGGGGAUUUUAAUUGCUUUUUGCAGGGAGAUAUCACAAACCACCAUAAAAUUCUAGUAAUCACAAUGCACGACAUUGGCUUGAACCACACAGCUUGGGUAAAGUUUCUGAACGCAAAGUGCAUGGACAGCUUUGCCAGCAGGGCUAGUUUUAUUCACAUCAAUGCCCCAGGGCAGCAUGACAAGGCUGAGGAUCUACCAGAGGGAUACGCUUUCCCAAGCAUGAAGCAGAUUGCAGAAGAGUUACCGGAAAUUUUAAAGAGUCUUGGGGUGGAAGAUUCUCGAGAGUUGAUCGGCGUUGGAGAAGGAGCAGGGGCAACCAUAAUGGUCCGGUUUGCUGCUUUAGCAGGCAAAAGGCUGUUGGGUCUCAUCCUCCUUGAGUGUACGUCCGGCUCAGCGGGUUUCUUGGAAUGGGCUGAGGGAAAGUUUGCCACAUGGAAACUAGACAGGCUUCACAAAAUGAACCCCUCCGCAGAAAAGUACCUGCUGUUGCAUCACUAUGGUGGAAGGAAGGGAAGUGAAGAAGCUGUUAAGGAAUUCCAUGCAAGUCUAUAUGAUCGGAUGAACGCCCACAACCUAUCUCUUUUCAUCAAUGUCUUCCAAAGUCGUACUGACAUCAGUAGCUUACUGAAGAAUCUCCACACUCCAACGCUGGUUGUGACGGGGCAUGACUCACCUCAUGUUGGUGAGGUGGAAAAGGUAUUCAACUUCUUGCCCAAAGGUAACAAGACACUCCUGAAAGCAGAAGAUGUAGGCGGUGACAUCAAAGAAGAGCAUCCUGAAAAAUUAGCCGAAAGCAUGCAGUACUUCAUCCAAGGGAUUGGUGGACUACCGUCGCUCCCGCUCACCCGCUUAGGCCGAGCAGCAUCCCUCGGUGAAACCCCCAAAGAGAGGCGUUCCCACAGCAAAAGCAUGUCAGAAAUGGACCAGCCGCACCUGGACCAGCACCUGAGGAAGACCGACCAUCACCAAACUGAGCAGGUGGCUGACCAGGCUGCCCAGUGAUUUGUUUGCAUUCAUGGUUUUGAUUUUUUUAAACCCCUUUGGAUGUCGGCCCAAAAAUUCCAAUUUGGACACAUACUCAGCACAUACAAAAUUAAUUACCAAAAAAAAAAAAAAAUUGCCAUGUUGUCCACAUUCCCAUAGAUGAGAACAAACAUAUCAUAACCUUAAAAGGAAUAAGAAUACAAGUUCUUGCUAAGCACUUUUGCCUCAGGUCAAGGUAAAUCAGGUCUAGGAGAACGGGCAUUUUAUCACUCCCCAGUACCACUGAUUUCUUGGUUUGAUUCAACAUCAUUCAAACAUACGCCAGAAUUUCUGUUUCAUUUGUCAACACUUAAUAUAGCAUUUUGUUCAUCCCAGUAAUGACCAUUUUACUUUCAGUACUUUUUCUUGUCGCAAAUUGGAGACGGAUUCCAUAUCUUUGAAUGAACGCAACCCUUCAUUUCAUGUUUCUUGCUUUGUAGCAUUCAAGACCAUAAACUAAAUAGUUUUCCUGGCUGAUUGUUGUCUGUGGCUACUUUUUUUUUUCUUCAUGUUGUUUCAGUUUUAGAGGAUUUGGGGCUGGAUUUGAUGGAUUUCUGUGGUUUCUUCAUGAGCCAGUGUAUACAUCUCUUGUGUUUUGUUCUUUUCAUUUUUUUAGCUGUCAAGUGUUAAUUUGUGAACAUUUCGUAGUGUGGCUGGCUGCUUAGUAGUGGCAAACAGUUUGCUGAAUGUUGUCAUAAUUCGUCUCCCUUGUGUUGUCUAGGCAAAUGGCACUGUAUUCACCAACAUUUGUCAAAGGUUUUGUUUAAAACUUGGUGGAUUUCUCCUUUUUGCCAAAAUAAGUGAUUUAUAUGAAUAGGUUUAUGAAUUGAGUAUAUUUAAGAAAAUUUAUUUGAAAAGAAGAAAAAUUGUCUGUGAUCUGAAAUGGAAUUGUUGAAAUGUGAUUGCAUCAAAAACAUAUUAGGUGAGUUUAUCAUCUGCUAGAUUGUGAGAAAUGACAGUAGCAUAGUUUUUGGUGUUUUGUUUUUGCUUUAUUUUAUUAUUUUUUUGGGGGGCAGCACUUCUGUCAUUUUUAUCUUGUACUUUUUCAGUGGAAAAGUGAAAAUGUCUGUUUUCUAGGUAACGCUGUGGCAAGUGACUAUGGCCAGACAGGUAAAGAUGUCAAUGUAGAAAAUGAAUUGAUUCUCUUAUCAAAAGUUUGGUGUCUCAACAAAAUCAGUAAAUAUCAAAAACGAGGACAAAGUAUAUGAUCUGUGAAAAUUGAUUGAUAGGAGCAAUACAGGUGUGUAGGAUAGUCUUGUAAAGAUUUUGCACAUGAAAAUGGCACCAUUUUAUUGCUUCGGCUGUAAUGCUGGAAAGUUUUAACUUGCUGAGUUACUCGAGAAGGUGAAUUUAUAGCUACGCACAAGGUAUAUUUCCAUUACAAACAUGUUACAGAUAACACUGUUUACACAAAGAUGCAGCAGUAAUGGAAAAUAAUAGAGACUGUCAAUGCGUUCUCCUUCAUUAAGCUGCCAUUUGUCGGGACAUUUAAUGGUAGGCUGUAUCAGCACAGGGUUUCCAUUAAAAAAAAAGGAAGACAUGUUUCUGCUAUGUGUAGUCAACUAAUAUUUCAGUUACCAACUCACAAAUGUUGUGCAGUGGUUAGGGGGAUGAUUUCCUCUGGAGUCAUAUCCAAAGGAGCUUCAAAGUUGUGGUAGUGUUGGGAACUUUCAGAAGGGGAGUUUACAUCCUACGAAUCCCCAGCUCCUUUAUGCGCAGUCACCAACUCUGUGGCGGUAUACUGACUGUGGUUAGCGUAAGGAAUCACUUAGUGUCAAGGCUAUGUAACAAGUUGUAGAGAGAGUACUUUUUAACCAAUGUGAUUCGUUUCUUUGAAGACUAAGUAGAGUUGGUAAUACAAACCUGUGCAAGGAAUUCAGAAAGGGCAGGCUCAACUCCUAUAGAAUUCUGGAAACUGGGGGAUUCUGUUGAAGGGAAUUUCAGUCUGUGAUUAUUAGUUGGCAGCUUAUACAGCUGUCAUAACUUCUUCAGCAAGUUCACAAAUACUUCAACAGCCGCUAGUUAAAAAAAAGAGCAACCUGUCUUAGAAAAGGCCAUAGAAAUAUUACUCGGAACCACAGAAGGUUGGAGAAGUUUAUCCAUGGCAAUAACCGGUGAUAACCUCACUCUGAGAAGUCAUCAAGAAUGACCUUUGCCCCCCUGCAGCAUGAUGGACUGGUGCUGCAUUUCUGUUAUGUGCCCGUUUGCCAUCAACAGCUCUUUACAAGUAGCACACAAAGGAUAAACUGUGGUGGGAUUUUUUCAUAACACAGCGACUAGAUAUGCUGUGAUAUUAAGGACCGCUGCCUGAUAGUUUUCCUUUUUAAAAGAAAUUACUUAAAUCCCUGAUGUUGACAUUACCAAAGUCAAACUUUGUGAGUGUUCAAGCGAUGAGGCAAAUGUUUGGAUACAGAAUAGCUUGGCAUGCGAGUUAAACAUAAAGACUGCCUGCCGGCAAAAACUGUUUCCAAUCAAAAAGUUCUUAGAUGAGAGGCACAAGCUUUCACAUUUCUUAAUGUGAAUGGCAUUGAAAACCCAAAGUUUCAUGAGCAUGAAGAUUGCUUAUGCAAGAUGUGUGUGUUUUUUGGAGUCGGAAUUGGCACAUGUAUCUGAUGCUUUAGGCUGAGCUUGUAGAAAAUAUUCUUGAAAAGGUGGUUCCUCUGGUCACCACACUGCUGGCAAAUAGAUGUACAUUAUUGUCGACAAAGUAAUGUGAAUUCAAGAGAAAAAAGAUUUGUUUAUUAUUAUUACAAACUGUAUGUUGGUGAAAAGUAUUGUAAAAUACGUUGAAAGUGUUACAGUAAUUGCUGUUGGUUGCCCUUCAGGGAGAACAACCACUCAAGCAUCAAUGAAAGCUUCAUAUGCAAGGGGACCACUCUAUUCUACUUUUUGGAAUUGAUCAAGCAAGAUACGUGAGCACCUGGCUUGAAAUGAUUUUGGCCAGAUGGACUUUUUUUUUUUCUUUCCCAGGCACAGUUAUACAUGUAUGUCGUAAUUAAUUGGACAAAUGGAAACAGGAAACAACUGGACAUCGUCAAAUGUUAAUGUAAUUACUUGUCAGUUUUUGUUCUACAUUCUUUGUUGUCAUUUGCGAUAUUUUUCCUUUUGCAUUGAUCUCAUGAAGGCAAUCAAUUUCUAAAUGUGUGCAUGUAAUAAUAACAACCGUUCGUCCAGUUGUCAUUGGUCCAUCCUUAACAAAAGUAAAAACAAUGGUUUUUACAAUUUUUGUAAACGUUGCAAACAAGUUUUAAGUUGUACAAAUAAAUUUAAAGGAUGCAAAACAAAGUGGGUGAAUACAAAUUUGAUUGCUAAGAACCGGAUGUUUAAUGAUGUAUUAACCAAGUUGCCCGUUUGAUAAUAUUUUGUUCCUGUUUGGAUAACUGUUACUGUUUAAGCCAAUUUGACUUGACCUUUGACACUGUAUGGAAAUAAGAGACCUUUUAACGAUCUACAUCAGUUGACAGUGUGUUGAGUACAAAGGAAUUACCUUAGUUACUGCUAUGAGAAGGACAGUAGUUUUUGGUUUAAUUAAUGAACCAAUUUAUCGAAUGCAUCUAUAAGAAAUUAAUAAAAACUAUUUUCAUCAUUCCAAA